CUCAUGUAAACGCAAAUAAAAUGAAUUCUUUCUGAGUCGAGUCAUUUCCCCAGAGUUUAUUUAUAACAUCUUAAAAUGGGGCUCAUCUUUUCUAUUGGGAUUUUGAUAAUUCUCCAACUUGGAUUAUCUUCUCAGAAUCUGGACGGACCAUCUUCGUUUCUGUAUUUUAACUGCUUGCGAGGGCGAUCUGUGAACAUCAAAUUGGAUGCACUGGACAGUAAUAACUACCGUUUUGAGGAUCUUGGUACUCAUCCCGACAUUCUGGAAUGUUUUACCAAAUGUGGAUAUCGAACCGGAUUGGUACUAUUCUCCAAAUCACGUGAAUCCCGCAAUUGUGUCUGUGUCUUCCUAGAGAACAACCCAAACCAACUGAUCUUGGAACAAGAAUUUCAUGUUGCUCCAUCAGAUCUCAGUGGGGACUGUACAAUAAAAGAAGACAUCACCGCGUGCUAUAUUGGACAAAAUGAUGCCUACUCCUUGUACUGCAAUCAGGAAAGAACACUAUCCAAGGAUAGAACCUUUUGCGACGAAAUCAGUGAUGCUGGCAAUUUCAAUGAUCCGGCAUGGAUGUCUGGGAACUUUGGCGAAUGGAAGGAACAUAUGAAUGACUUUCCAAAAUGCGUCAAAAGAGACCACAUCCAAGUCUGGGAACCCAGCUUCAUUUUGGAGGAUUUCGAGAUAUCUGAUCCUGUAACCACGUGUCGCGAGAAAAGUGGAAAUGCCAAAUAUUUCAUGAUUGGCUUCGCACAGGAUGGUCAGACACGAACCUGCAUUCCAGCCGAGACUUACGAAUCAUUCACUUUUCCAGACAGAGUGGGUACUGGGAUUGUUUUGAGUACAGAUUGUCAACCAUGUUAUCCGGGGGAUUUUAAGACGUGCGGUUCGCCACAAAGCUUUUCUAUUUACUGCAACUCGGACGAAUGCAAAAGCUUCCAAGUUCAAGAUACGCAUUAUUACUACUUUGGAUGUACCGCUAAGGUUCCUGAUUGGGGAAACAGUGAGGGAUUCUUUUUGGGAGAAAAGACCACAUUACGGGAGUGUAUCUCGAAUUGUAGCAUGUCGAGCAUUCGGGAUUACAAUAUUUUCAUUGCUGCUCAACAUGUCAAUGACGAUGCAACGGAAAGCGAAGCGAGUGUGGAAUGCCGUUGUUUCAACUUUAGAAACGAUGCACCACAUUUGGGCUUACACUCCAGAACCAGCAUUGAGGGCUGCGAGCGAGGGUGGAGUCCACCAGUGGGUGGUCCAGCGGGCAAUUUCAAAGAUCGGAUCCUUCAAUACGCCGUCUAUUGUCACAGCGGUAUUUGCUCGAGCAUAUUGC